AUGUCGGUUCCGGGUACUCACCGCCAUGGCAAUGCGUCCAUAGACUCGACGGCUUCCACUCUGAGCGUCCCCGCGCGAAAAUGGGUCCGUCGCGAUGUCUCACAGACGGUGCGAGCCAUAGUGCCUGUGGCUCCAGUCCCGACAUAUCCCAUUGGUGCGGGCUGGGGUGGUGGUGGCCAUACUACGUCGAAGAGCCUCAAAAACCCUCACGCCAUACCGAGUACUAUGAUGCUUGAGCGGUCAAGCUCAAGGGAUAGUAUACGUUCGCAGAGCAGUGACAUCAAGAGUCCGAGUCGGCGAUCCUCCACUUCUUCAUCCAUCACUUGUGUUGGCUCAGACAACGGCUCCAUUCGAAGUGUCUCAUCCCGCGACAGCCGCGCGUCGUCGAUAACCCUGGUCGAGCCGUCUCCCACCAUUCCGCAAUCGCCUCGUUCGUCCUUCAAGCCAGACAGCAUAAAGCAUGCGUCGAUGAUGAGCACCUCCCCACCUCCAUCGCCGGGACCAUACGGUUUCGGACCGGCCUCUAUCAAACGCACUUCCUCUCACAGUAUGAGUCCACGAACAGCCGAGUUCCCUAUGGUUCUCAACAACCCUCCGAGAUCACCGAUCCCUCAUUCCCCACACUCUCCUAGUCCAUUCGGACGCCUGCCUCAGUCGCCUAUCAGCCCCUACGACAGCCCCCGUAGCAUGUCAGCUUAUACUGCUACCCACCAACACCGCAAAUCUCGCUAG